UAAAACACUGCCAAAACAAAUGACGGAAACACUAGAACGUAGCUAGCGGGUGGGUUUUCUAGCUUAAACAUCUCACCGUUGUAUGAGGGAGAUGGUUUUUCCUUUUCUUUUCGCUUCAAGAUCCAUAAUCAUACUAAAAUCCCGAUGGAUGUAGCAUGGAAAUAACCAGACUAGCUCUUUGAUCGCUGCGUAGGGGAAAGAUGUCCAAUAUACUUGAUGCGGCGUUCAGAGUGAAAUGGGACCGGACGACUGCAGCGAAGCGAGCUAUCUUUCUCGCGGCCGCUGCCUACGGGGUGAAAACCCUGUACCCCAUCGUCUGCAGACAAUUCGUGAAACGGAAUGAAUGCAAGAAUAGCAGGGGCUCUAAAGGAGAGGAAAAUGGCUCGACGGUUUGCGUUCAAUCACAAACAGAUGCACUGAGUCAUAAAAAGUCGCCUGGGGUAAACGCUGAAUUUUUUAAGCAGAUACUUGAACUCAUCAAAAUCCUCUUUCCAAAGCUUGUUUCCAAAGAGCUCGGAUUGCUGUCUCUGCAUUCGGUCGCGUUGAUUUCACGGACAUUUCUGUCUAUCUAUGUCGCAGGCUUGGAUGGCAAAAUUGUGAAAACAAUCGUUGAGAAAGAACCACGCAGCUUCAUCAUCCAACUGAUGAAAUGGCUCCUUAUUGCCAUUCCGGCCACAUUCGUGAACAGUGUUAUCCGCUACCUCGAGUGCAAGCUGGCCCUCGCCUUCCGCACACGGCUAGUGGACCAUGCUUACACCACCUAUUUCACAGACCAGACCUACUACAAAGUCAGCAACAUGGACGGGAGAUUGACCAACCCGGACCAGUCUCUUACCGAGGACGUAAUGAUGUUUUCCCAAUCCGUUGCGCAUCUCUACUCGAACCUCACCAAGCCCAUCUUGGAUGUGAUACUCACCUCCUACACACUCAUCCAGACGGCCCGGUCCAGGGGGGCCAACGCCAGCGGGCCGACCCUGCUGGCCGGGCUGGUGGUGUUUUGCACGGCCAAGGUUCUGAGGGCCUGCUCGCCGAAAUUCGGAAAACUAGUUGCUGAGGAGGCCCACAGGAAAGGCCAUUUGCGCUAUGUGCAUUCCAGGAUCAUUGCCAACGCAGAGGAGAUAGCCUUCUACAGGGGCCACAAGGUGGAGAUGCGUCAGCUGCAGAAGUGCUACCGGGCCCUGGCGGAGCAGAUGAACUUGAUCCUGUCCAAGCGUCUGUGGUACAUCAUGAUAGAGCAGUUCCUCAUGAAGUACGUGUGGAGUAGCUGUGGACUGGUCAUGGUGGCUGUGCCCAUCAUCACAGCUACCGGCUUCGCUGACAGCGAGACUGCGGACGGUCAGACUCAGGUGCUGGUGAGCGAGAGGACGGAGGCUUUCACCACCGCACGCAAUCUCCUGGCCUCUGGAGCUGACGCCAUCGAGAGGAUCAUGUCCUCCUACAAAGAGGUCACAGAGCUGGCGGGCUACACGACACGCGUCUACAACAUGUUCCUGGUGUUUGGCGAGGUGCAGAGGGGCGUCUACAAGCGCUCGUCCACUUCGACCAUGGGAACAGGGGAGAAGAAGAUCGUGGCCAGGCCAGAGAUGCACAUCGACGGGCCUUUGGAAAUCAAAGGAAGAGUCAUCGAUGUGGACAAUGGCAUCGUGUGUGAGAGUGUCCCUAUCAUCACUCCCAAUGGAGACAUAGUGGUUUCCAGCCUCAACUUCAAGGUGGAGGAAGGUAUGCACCUGUUGAUCACAGGUCCUAACGGCUGUGGGAAGAGCUCUCUGUUCAGGAUCCUCAGUGGGCUGUGGCCUGUCUAUGGGGGGCUGCUGCACAAACCCUCCCCACAACACAUGUUCUACAUACCACAAAGACCGUACAUGUCCAUUGGGACCCUGAGAGACCAGGUGAUCUACCCAGACUCUCUAAAGGACAUGCAUGACAGAGGCUACAGAGACAAGGACCUGGAGGUCAUACUGGACAUCGUUAACCUCAACCAGAUAGUGACCCGCGAGGGCGGUUGGGAUGCAGAGAUGGACUGGAAGGACGUGUUGUCUGGGGGAGAGAAACAGAGGAUGGGCAUGGCUCGCAUGUUCUACAACAGGCCAAAGUACGCCCUGUUGGAUGAGUGCACCAGUGCUGUCAGCAUUGACGUGGAGGGAAAAAUAUUCCAGGCUGCAAAGGAUGCUGGGAUAUCCUUACUGUCAAUCACCCAUAGACCCUCCCUCUGGAAGUACCACACUCACCUGUUACAGUUUGAUGGCGAGGGAGGAUGGAGGUUCGAGCAGCUGGACACCGCUACGCGUCUCUCCCUGACCGAGGAGAAACAACGGCUCGAGUCUUCACUUGCAGGAAUACCCAAGAUGCAACACAGACUCAACGAACUCUGCAAGAUCCUGGGAGAGGACUCKGUCCUCAAAACAGCCGACGCAGCAGAGGAAUGAAAGAAAGAGCGAGAUGUUCAGAAAAGUCAAAGUAUUAUUUUUUUGUUUCAACGCACACCAAACGCAUAUUCCCAUACGUUUCCAAUGUUGGGGUUGAGUUUUAAGAAUUCAAUAACAAUGUUGUUUUCUCGAUGUUUUUAUUGCUGAAUGAUUGAGAGACUUUAAAAUCUCUGACAAGCUGAGACUAACAUUUUAUUUGGUUGAACAAUGAAGUCAAAUUAUUUUUCAUUUAUAGCACCACUCAAUUUGAGGAAUAGUUCAUUGUUAUCGCUGUAGUUUGCUAUUGCUGUAGUUAUCAAGUGCUGAAGUAGUAUGCUUGUCCUCUYUUUUGUGAGACGGUAUUUUCCUCCUUUUAUUGARUAGAUUUGUUCGUGUUAAUUAAACACUACUAUGGACAGGAAAAUGCACAACGCUCUCCAUUAAAAAUGUGUCGUUUUAUUAGAUGAGUUUAAAAGGUUGACGUUUCGGCCUUUAAUAGCCUUCUAGGUCAAUCUUUUAAACUAGUCUAAUAAAACGUUUUAAAAUAAUGGUGAGUUAACGUUGCACCUUUUCCUGUCCAAUGAUGUCUACACAUUUUUUUGAUUUCACCUCGACCCACUUUGGCUGAGCACCCUCUACUUCUUUCUGUAAGAAACGACUAGAAAAGUCUUUGGAUGAUAUCAAACAAUGAACAUACACGUUUUUACAAUCAUAUCAAGUUAUUCAUUAAGGUUAGGCUAAUAAGCAUACCGUUUUUAAGGGAACCCAACUGCUCAAAUGUAAAGUACCACAGCUGCAAUAAAUGAGUGUCCCUUUCUGUUAUCUCAGCUACUGGCGCUGGGUUAUGUCAUAAGGACAUCUUUCUUAUAACAUUACUGAAUGUGUUUUUCACAGGUUAUUUCCUCAGAACUGCAGUAUAGUAAUAUAUUCAAAAUACCUCAGUAGCUUUCAAAAUAUGUGGCUCUGCAUUUUAAAUAACACCCUUCCUUAGACCUAUAUAGUGCACUACUUUCACCUUUGUUAGUGGCUAAGAGAUGGWUAUCUUAGGAGCUAUUAUUGGACAUUAGUGCAUUAGUGACAGAGCUGUGGGUCUGUUGCUAUAGGCUUCUGGUUUACUGAACAAAUACAACGGAUUUUAAGGCAUUCUGUCUUGUCUCCAGCAAGAGCACAGCAGGAAUCGGACUGGGCUCGCUCGCACAAACGCACGCUAACGCACACACACACACACACACACACAUCGCCUGGCAAAGCCCUACUCGCUGUCACUAGGGUAAUAUCUGUGGAACAGGGGUGUUUUGUGUUGUCUCAGUCUGCAAUCUUCACCCCUAUAAAAAUAAGUCACAUCUUCAGCAAGAGGUUUACAUUGUGUUUUACAAUAAACACUGUUGUUUUCCGUUGUAGUUCAGUACAGUUUACUUGGUUGCUGAGUUUGAUUAACUGUUACCUUGUUAUAUCCACCCAGAGUAAAAUCAAUCUAUUUCAGCAAUUCAUAUUUGUUACCAGCGACCUAUCUCAGACUUUAUACUGUGAACUUUGUUUGUUUCUUUUUUUGAUAAUGUCAUAAAAUGUAUUUUUAAUGUAGGGAUUUUAGAGUUUGCUAAUGCCUCUUCAAACCUUAGUAUGUACUGUAAAUCUUCUGCUGAACAAAGCUGUCAUUUCAGCGCUGCUGAGGUUAACAUAGGUCAAAUCCAAGACCAGUCYUUCUAGUACUGUAGCCUUAUAGCCUGGCUGUGUUAGUGUAUCCCCUAUACCAGGGUUCUCCAACUGGCGGUCCSCGGUCCGAAUUUGGCCUCCCAAGAGAAAAAAAGAAAGUAAAUUUUUAUUGUUGUACAUAAAAGACUGUAAGAACACCAGCAAAUCAGCUCCAAGUGA